CAUCGCAACGCGGUUAUUGCUCCUCGAGAAAUAUAUAUAUAAAAAAUAUAUCUUAAAGAUGCCGCUUCCAUUUCAUCUACUGCUCAUUGCUCCCCUGAUUUUGCACUGCAUUUCUGGAGCACCACUUGCCCCGGCCACGCCCGAUGGGUCCACGCCCAUUGAUGCCCGGGUCUCGGCCGCUGAGUUUGGUGCCCAGGAUGCCUUCGAUGCAGCCGAAGCAGCCGCCGGCGAAGCCACACAGGCAGAGGCCAGUGAAGCCGGCUUCAAGAUCUCCCUUUUGCCCACACCGGCAAAAACUGCUGAAUCUGUGAACCUGGAGCAGGAGGCCAUACCCUCAAAGGUGCUCAGCGUCUACGACAAUAGCCAGAAGAAGCUGGCGGAGCUCUCUCAGCCUGUUCCCAUUUUGGACACCAUCAGUGAGCACGAAAAGUAUGGCAACAAUGGCGACAUGUUCGAUGGAAUCUCGCGCUCCCUUGUCAACGGUUACGAGGCCUUCUCCAACCUGCUCAACACCUUCAUACAGAAGCCCAAAGAGCUGGCCCGCAGCGUUACCAAAGGAAUUACCGCUCAGUUGGAUAUUAUCGGUGGUCGCCUAGUGGGACUCUAACGGUAAACAGGAACUGGUUGCUUUUUUUUUGUUCUUUU